AACACCUGUUCAACUUGAAGUUUGCUGCAAAGGAGCUCAACAGGAACUCCAAGAAAUGUGACAAAGAAGAAAAGGCUGAGAAAGCUAAAAUUAAGAAGGCCAUUCAGAAGGGUAACAUGGAAGUGGCACGGAUCCAUGCUGAGAAUGCCAUCCGCCAGAAGAACCAGGCCAUCAACUUCCUGAGGAUGAGUGCCAGGGUGGAUGCUGUGGCUGCCAGAGUGCAGACUGCAGUGACCAUGGGCAAGGUAACAAAGUCCAUGGCAGGAGUGGUGAAGUCCAUGGAUGCCACACUGAAGAGCAUGAACUUGGAAAAGAUCUCUGCACUAAUGGAUAAGUUUGAGCAUCAGUUUGAAACCCUGGAUGUCCAGACACAGCAGAUGGAAGACACAAUGAGCAACACCACAACGUUAACAACACCACAGAACCAAGUGGACAUGCUGCUGCAGGAGAUGGCAGAUGAAGCAGGUCUUGAUCUGAACAUGGAACUACCUCAAGGACAGACAGGCUCUGUUGGAACAAGUGUUGCCUCAGCAGAACAGGAUGAGCUGUCCCAGAGACUCGCUCGCCUCCGUGAUCAAGUUUAA